UAUGGGUGGAGGGUUAGACAGCACAGCGGGCGGUGUGAUAGUUUUGUCGUAGUUCAAAUAUGACUGCACGAGACGUUUUGUACAUUCAAUCUAGGGUCUUCCUGUCUCUGGAAUUGAUUUUACAGUAACGGUGUGUGUUGUGAGUGACGGGGUCCAGCAGACGACAUGAACACGACGACGGCGUCCGUGAAGAACAUCCACAAACAGAAACAGCUCGAGCUCGAGCUCGUGGAGAUAGAGCGCAGGUGGUACUUGGAGCUCAAGAGCAUAGCCAGAGAGCGGCUGCGCGUCAUCCGGGACCUCCAGAAAAUAGCAGACAUGCGCAGAAAACUCACGUACUUCGCAGCCACACUUCGCGGACCUUCACUAAGACAGUACACAGAAAGAGAGUUCUACGUCAUGAAUGAGGAAAAGGAAGUUAAGAAGAAAUUCAGAAAAUACGAGUUUACCGUAGAUCCCCUAGAAAAGGUGAACCUCCAUCUUCCAGCAGUGACAGGUUUAAGCGGUGGUGAAGGGUGUGCCGGGAAUGGAGAGAUUCAUAUAGUCACGCUGGAGGAUGUACUUGAAAGAAACAGAAACGGCAGACUAGAGAAACUGAAAGUAGGAAUGCAUAAAAAACACAAGACAAAAAAGAUCAAACGGAAGAAAAGGCUUCCAGAAGGUGAUAUUGGUCAAAAUGGUCGGCUAUCUCCGGAAAAUUCUUUGUCUUCUGGAGAUCAAACAUUAAGCAGUUCCGGUGGCGAGACUGUGCUAUACGGGAAUAAAAGAAAGACACCAAAUUUAGGAAAGUUGGAUUUUUCAAAGAAGAGCGCAUCACUUGCCAAUUUACCUUCUAUUGGCGAAGGCCCGUUAUAUAUAAAGACAUCACACAAACAUACACACUGAUGAUCGUAUAGACUUCAUUGGUGUAUUUUUGAUACGGCUUUUACUGAUAUUUUGUACGUCGACAGAUACCGAGGGGUAUUUCGUCACAUACAAUUCUGACUCAGCUGUCGCAUUCUAAGUAUUCAAAGUAAUUUGACAAAUUAAUUACAACAGUUAGUUUUAUUUUUCUAAAUUUCAGUCAGUUGUAUGGGACGUAACUCGUGUUGUCUUGGAUAUUUCAGUUAAAUCGAAUUAUUUCUCUUGUUCCACAGCUUCCAUUAAUGCAAAACAGUUAUAGUGCUAGACCACAUUGGAUGUGGCGCUUGCUCUGCGACUACACAAAUUAAAAUACAGUUUCUAAUGACAACGUUCACACUGGAUGUAUAUGAUGCGUGCGUGUCAGGUGCAAGCAGAAUCUGUCACAUUGGAUGUAAACAUACUGAAAAAAGAACUUUUAUUGCACAGCUAACAAACCACACCAUGAAUUUAUCACAAUAAUGGAUUGUACGUUCUUACAUUUCCAUACAAAUAAUAUAUCACUUUAUCAUAUAAUAGGUAGCAUAUCUAGUGUAAUAAAAGUAUGUGUUAUUUUCCAGACACAUACUUUCAGAAUUUGAUAACUUUGCAAAGUAGAUGUAAAGUAAACUAGAUAAUAAAUGCUGUAGUCUGCUUGAUUAGAAUAAACAUAUCCAACAGAAUACUAGAAGCAUGUUAAUGAGAACAUAUUAACAAUACAAUUGUAACCGGCCAAAACACGUUAAAUGACGAUACCAUUAAACACAUGAGCAUGUUGAUACCUAGACAACGAUAUGACUAAGAAUACUCUUUAACAUGCAACCACGCUUCCUGUGAUCUGAUAACCAGUACAUGAUAAUGCCAAGUAUUAUUAUGUCACUGCUUCAUAACACAACCGUUGCUAGCAUAAUCAUCUUGGCAUUGCUAUGUGUCAUCUGGUCACUAAAAAAUUAAUUGUGUGAAUGACAGUGGGUUAGACAGUUGUUUGCUCAAUUUUCAGGUAGGUUGUUUCCCAAUUUUAAAACAUCCAUUUAUAGCAAUAAUUGUUGAUCUGCAUAAAUAAAUAUAACAUGUACACUUCCUGUGACAUCAAAUUACCUUUUUUUUUUUAAAUUCUCCAUUCUUCGUUGCCAUUCGGAACGAGCCAACGUUUUGAAUUAAACAUUUAAAGAAUGUUUACAUAGGAACGCGUCUGGCGUCACAAUCACUACCAAUGAGUGGCGUAGAUCUUCGCGUAACACCUAAGCUUGUUUUUAUUUUCACAAAAGAGUAAAUAAUUGUAAUGUUGUGAUACAACAGAUUUUAAAAUAUAAUCAAAAUACUUUAUUUAAAAUUUGGAGACACAUAACUUGUCUGGUUGACAAUAUCAUUCCCAAGAUGCUUUCAGGCGUCUGCUAUUAUCCGACUUCCGGUAGUAGUUUCUAAACAAUAGUACGAUAGCUUUAUACCGAUUUUGACUAAAACAUAUAACUUGAAUGAUAAAAAAAUAUCAGGUGACUACGUUUUGAUAUCGUGGUUAUUUGGCACGGUUCGAUAACAGCGCAACAGGUCGCUGAAGUUCACCUGUUACACCGUUAUCUACACCUCGCCAAAUAAUCGCGAUAUCAAAAGUAGUAACCUGAUAUUCUAUAUAUCUCAUGGUGCGGAAUCAUUUAUUUGUUGUUACUAUUACUUUUGUUAUUACUUACCAGUUGGGCUGUCUGAGAAGAUAAAAUGUUAAUAAUGAAUACUGUUACACCAUCGAUGGCAUAUAUUUGUUUUCCUUUUUCUUUUCUUUUUUUGUUCUUUCAGUUUAUUCAAUCGUUUCUCAUAAACGUUUACUUUUAUUUAUUUAUUGAACACUAUAACCGCCAUUAUUGUACAAUUUAUUAUUUUAAUAUUUGUAACUAGGAGAGGUCCUCAUAAGUUGUAUAACUUGUGGCCGAUC